AUGGUUAACAUUGAGGAGUUCCGCAAGGCCCAAAGAGCCGAAGGUCCAGCAACAAUUCUGGCUAUCGCCACCGCAACCCCUCCUAACUGUGUUCUUCAAAGCACAUAUCCAGAUUCCUAUUUUAGUGUUACAAAAAGCGAGCACAUGACAGAACUCAAGGAAAAAUUUAGACGCAUGUGUGAAAAAUCCAUGGUCAAAACACGAUACAUGUACUUUACAGAUGAAAUGUUACAGGAGAAACCAAACAUUUGUGCCCACAUGGCACCAUCAUUAGACGAAAGACAAGAUAUAUCAAUCGUGGAAAUACCAAAGCUUGGUGCAGAAGCUGCAACUCAUGCCAUCAAAGAAUGGGGCCAACCGAAGUCAAAGAUCACCCACGUCGUGUUUUGUUCCAUAACGGGUGUUGACAUGCCUGGAGCUGAUUACCAGCUCAUAAAGCUCCUUGGCCUUAAUCCUUCGGUAAAACGUGUGAUGUUGUAUCAACAAGGGUGUUUUGCUGGAGGCACUGUCCUUCGUUUAGCUAAGGAUUUGGCUGAGAACAAUAAGGGUGCUCGUGUAUUGGUUGUGUGCUCUGAGAUAGUUGCAGGAACUUACCGUGGGCCUGGUGAAGCCCAUCUUGAUGGCCUUGUAGCCAUGGCUUUGUUUGGUGAUGGUGCAGCUGCGGUCAUUGUAGGCGCUGACCCUAUUCCUGAUGUUGAAAAGCCACUUUAUGAAAUCGUUUCUGGAUUCCAAACUAUUCUCCCUCAAAGUGAGGCUGCAAUUGAAGGGCACCUUCGUGAGGCCGGGCUUAUAAUUCAUCUACUCAAAGAUGUUCCUGGACUUAUAGCAAAACACAUUGAAAAAAGCUUGGUUGAGGCCUUUCAACCAUUGGGCAUUGUAGAUUGGAACUCACUUUUCUGGAUCGCACAUCCAGGUGGCCCUGCGAUCUUGAACAAACUGGAGGAUAAACUAAGCCUUAAGCCUGAGAAAUUAAGGGCCUCACGACACGUUCUCAGUAAAUAUGGAAACUUGUCAAGUGCUUGUGUCUUGUUUAUCCUAGAUGAAAUGCGACGCUCUUCGGCUACAGAUGGGGCUAAAACCACGGGAGAGGGUCUAGAGUGGGGUGUGUUGUUCGGGUUUGGACCAGGUGUCACCGUUGAUACCGUUGUCCUCCAUAGUGUGUCUAUUUGA